CCUUCCGUCUCUUGCUUGCAUACAGUGGUUGGGCGUGUGGUCUCUUUUUUGUUUUGUUUCGAGGGGUUCCUUUGAAGGCUACAGCUAUCGGGUGGGUGCUCGACUUAUCGGCGUUUGUUUCAUGUGUCCUUAUAUCCCGAUUUGUUUUGAUUUCGUUUCUUGCCUUCCUUCAUAUACCAUUUUUAGUAUCUGUUUUCUUUUUGGCGCCUCUGCGUUGCUAUCGCAUGCGUCUUCAACAGAUUUGACCCACCCCCCUCCCCCCCCCCUUUGGAUACCACUUUUGUUCCUCUGUUCAUAUUGCUCUUCGCAUCUCUUGUUAUUCUUGUUUAAUAUCUCUCUCCACUCGUUUUUUUCUUCUUUUUUUCUUCUUCUUUCUUCUGGAUCAUCACCAUCAGUGGCCCAACCAGUCUGUGGCCACGGGCCACUAGGUACUCUCGGGGGACCAAUCUAGUCCUCGCAUACGCCAAAAAAAGAGAUAAAAUCCGAAAAGCCUAAGAAGCUAGGGGAGCUC